CAUUGCCCCUCCGGUGGCGGCCUUCGUAGCGGGGGACGCAGACACGGUUGUCAGGGACAGUCCCGGACGUGACGGCUGAGCGUCCCCGAGCUGCCCGUCACUCCCCUGCGCGCCCCGUCCUUGUCCCCAAAUCCCCCUCGUCCCCCCUAUUCCGCCCCCGUAGGCUCCAGAUCGGUUAGGCAGAAGUAAACUGCAGGCGGAGCGAGGCGCUCGGACCCUGGCCAGGCCAGAGCAUGCUGCAGCUCCGGGGGCCCCGGCUCCCUCUGCCGGGGAUCCUGCUCCUGUUGCCAUUGCUGCUGCCGCUGCUCCUGCCAGCAGCUCCUGCGUCCCAACGCGUCUCCUACAAGCCGGUUAUCGUGGUGCACGGGCUCUUUGACAGCCCGUCCGCCUUCCGCCACCUGCUGGAAUACAUCAAUGAGACACACCCUGGGACUGUGGUGACAGUGCUGGAUCUCUUUGAUGGCCGAGAGAGCUUGCGACCCAUGUGGGAACAGGUGCAAGGGUUCCGAGAGGCCGUGGCCCCCAUCAUGGCAAAGGCCUCCGAAGAGGGGGUGCAUCUUAUCUGCUACUCACAGGGGGGGCUGGUGUGCCGGGCACUUCUCUCAAUCAUGGAUGACCACAAUGUGGAUUCUUUCAUCUCUCUCUCAUCUCCACAAAUGGGACAGUAUGGAGAUACAGACUACUUAAAGUGGCUCUUUCCCACCUCCAUGAGGUCCAAUCUCUACAGGAUCUGCUAUAGCCCUUGGGGCCAGGAAUUCUCUAUCUGCAACUACUGGCAUGAUCCCCACCAUGAUGACUUGUACCUCAAUGCCAGCAGUUUCUUGGCCCUCAUCAAUGGGGAAAGAGACCAUCCCAAUGCCACCGCCUGGCGGAAGAACUUUCUUCGUGUGGGCCGCUUGAUAUUGAUUGGGGGCCCUGAUGAUGGUGUUAUCACCCCAUGGCAGUCCAGCUUAUUUGGUUUCUAUGAUGCAAAUGAGACAGUGUUGAAGAUGGAAGAACAACCGGUUUAUCUUCGGGAUUCUUUUGGGUUGAAGACUCUGUUGGCCAGGGGGGCCAUUGUGAAGUGCACAAUGCCUGGGAUUGUGCACACAGCCUGGCACUCUAACCGCACCCUUUAUGAGACCUGCAUUGAACCGUGGCUCUCCUGAGGACUUCCGCAGGGAUCCCCCUGAAGGCCCUGGCCCAGAGACCAAGUGGAGGCCUUGGCAGCUGAUACCAAGAUGUGGUGUGCCUGUGACCACGUCAUUGCUCUCACACUGCCCCCCACCAACCAGGGCUCCUCGAUCCCCUCCUUUGCUCCUCUGUGAAUGACAAGUCCUGGGUGCCCUCACCUCACAUCCUCUCCUUCGAAGGCUGCUUCAUCUCGAGCAUCCUCCCGAGGCUGAGGAUGGGAAGGGACACACCAGGUUUUUAACUUUGGCUGCUGCUGCUGCUCCAUCUCUGGCCGUGCCUGAAGAGGGCCCAGCCUCUGCUCACAUGAGGUUCUCCCUCCCGGCCACUCAGGACAUUUUUAGCUUCUGUUCUUUCUCUGAACUCGCAGACCGUCAGCUCUCCCAACCUCCAUGAGGACUACUGUUAAGAGUGGGAUUCUGAGGAUCCCCUAUGAGGACAGUUCUGUACUUGAAAUGUCAGUGUUGGGGAAUAAAAUCUGUGGCCUGCAAAGCCCAUCUCAGGUUUGGGGAUCCCCCCAGUCCCUAUGUUCAGUGUUGGGGUACCCAUUGGGAGCCUAGUUUCUUUGAGGCCCUAGCCCCUCUUUUAGCUGCCCUUGAAUGGGUGUUGCCCCAGUAUUUAUGGAAAUAAAGUUCCAUUUCCUCAGUGUGA